UAACCGAAGACGCGCCGGAAAGAGUUAGCCAAAGUUUUAACCGUAACACAGACGAGCCCAAGUAAAAGUAUUUUUCACUUAGCUUACAAGGUUUGUCUCCUCGAUUUCUAAAGUGACAGUAAAGACAUGACACAGCUGGGAGACAGUCAUCGGAGGUUCCUGCAAACCAUGAUGGGUGUUCGCAUCAUUGAUGAGCUGGAAGCAAAGAAGCUUUACCAGCACUGUUGUGAAACAUAUAAGAUGCAUUGGACUGCUGACGGACUGGAUCCUUUCAUCGAGACCAUAAAUCUGAAGCUGCAGCCGAUGUUCAUGCAGGUUAAGAAAGGGAUGUCUGAGGAAAACGGUCACCAGUACUAUGCUUUGGUCAACACGACUGAAACGGACAUCACCAGGAUGUCGUCAGAUUACGCCGACAAUGAGCUGGAGUUGUUCAGGAAAACCAUGGACCUGAUUGUGGGCUCUGAGAGAGGCACGGCCUCCUCCACUGACAUUCUGAACAGCACCGACACCAUGACCUCCAAAAGGAUGAAGAAGAGUGAAACCGAGCACCUUUUAACUCGACUUGUGCAGGACAAAUGGCUUUGUGAGAAACGUGGGGAGUACACUCUGUCCACUCGAUGCAUCAUAGAGAUGGAGCCAUAUAUUCGCACCAUGUAUCCAGACCAAGUCAAGAUGUGCCACAUCUGCCACAAUGUCGCUUUUCAGUGCCAAAUUUGUGAGAAUCCCACAUGUGGGAUAAAGAUACACAACCCGUGUGUGGCCAGAUACUUUAAAGGACGUAUGGAGCCUCAGUGUCCAGCUUGUAACGACUUCUGGCCACAUGAAAUCCCAGAAUUUCGAGGUCUCCCUUCUCAGUCCAAGAAAUGACUUCAGCCUUUCCUGAUUUUUGAGUUUUUUCUUGCACAAAUUGUACAGUUUUAAUUGCCAGCUUGUUGAAAAUGUUACAUUUUGUAGUUGUUUUUGCACAAAAUAAACCAAAUUUUAUGUAA